AUUGCGACAUUUAUAACAGGAACACAGCGAUCUCUCCUACAAUACUGCAAGACUUGCAGUCUGGUAAACGCUCCCAUCAAUUCAACAAGUUUAAAUAUAAUACAAUACUGUCAUCGUCCCGAAUAAGCCGCAUUUUUUAAGUAAGAAAUUUAUGGAUUAAAAAAUUGAUUGAUUUUAGUGCCGUUACUUUCGACUUUAUAAUGCGCGAUUGAUUUUUUGUUGGCUAAAAUAAUUUGCGGACCGAAAACUUGCGGAGAAUCUUUCGGGUGUGGAAUGAACACACUUCCCGCUUCGCGAUACUUCAGUUCAAAUCGAAGACGGUUGUGCAUCACAAGCGGAACGAAGUGUGAUUGUUUUUUGUGAACGUCUCGUCUAAUAUAUUUUUUUCGGUUUUACGAUCUUGUUGUUGCAGUGGUGUGAUUUGAACUAACAAUGGUACACCUGCGAACCACAGUUACGACGAUCGAAUAAUAAAUUGCCCAACAGUCUCAUAAUUUCAACUGUAAUCUGGUCUGAAUUUAAUGUAUCACGGGAACUCAAUUGAUACCGUUUCCUGUUAAUAUCAGCAAGUUUUUAUUUACUAUCGGAUCUGCUAGAAAAACUUAGACAACAUGAUGCUAUUGGUAGUUUUUAUCGCAUUUUUAUCAGUAUCUUCCUGUGAAGUUAUUCCUCUUCGUAGUUCAUUUAGACAAAGUUACGUAUGUCCCCCCAAAUUUGUGAGACAAGGACAUAGGUGUUACUUCUUCAGCAAGGAGGCAAUGACAUGGUCAGAGGCUUUAUUCGAAUGUCGAGAGAAGCGUAGUAAUCUCGCUAUCAUACAAAACAAGAAUCAAGACAGAUUGAUCAGGAGCUUUUUGAGCAAGAAAACCUUAGAUCCAUUAGAAAGAUGGUUAGGAGGUGUGUACGAUUGGGGUAAUAUGGCGUGGAAAUGGGCAGCUUCCGGGAAACCUCUAUCCUAUAACGGUUUUCCAAAAGAAGCUGCUGAACAAAAUAAGGAGACGCUACAAUGGCACUGUAUUAUUAUGGAUCCUGCAAAGCAAUAUUUAUGGAAUUCGCGAACGUGCACAGAAAAAAAGCACUUCAUCUGUCAAACAAGACUAAAGAUGGUGGAUAAUAAAGAUAAGAAAAGACUAUAUCGACAAUAUAACGCCAGUAAAGACAACAAACUCAACGAAAUUCCAGUUCCGUUACUUCUAGAUGAAUCAAGCAAUAGUACUUUCUUGAAACAAAACGCUAUGCCAAUUACAUAUCGUUUCGAAAUUAACGAAAAACUUGCCAAUCAAUCGAUGUAUGCCUAUAAAAGUCCAGAGAUGACUGUGAAGGUGAAAAACAAAAAUGCUAAAAGGAAACGGAAAACUCAAAAAAUAAAGCCAGUUCACUCUUCUAAUGGAGCAACCAAACAAAAACAACGUCGAAGAGGAAAUCACAAACGAAGAUUGAGUAGAAAACCGGAAGAAUUAGGAGAGCCAACUUUGAUUAAAAAUAUUAGGUGGAGGACAUACCAUAAAAAAGGGAAACUUUCCAAUCCUCUCUAUCCACAACCAAUAAUUGAAGAAUACAAUUACGUUCAAGAUAGAUUAUAAUUUUCUAUUUAAAGCUUCUUUUGUUUUAUAUUGACAAAAAUUUUUCGUUCUUUAGUCGUUUGUUUAUGUUUUUACAAUUUUUCGCGCGUCUCAGGUAUAAUAACGUUAUUUAUUGUUGUUUUCAUGAAAAAUGUUUAUUUGAUUUUCAGAAAGUUGAUCGACAAAGUUUUUUAAUCAAUGUUUUAUGUAUUCUUUCACAAUUGAAAUGGAAUUUAUUUUUUUAAAUAGAAGUUCUAUUAUAUUUAUUCAUUACCAAUUCAUGUUUAUCAUACAAGUCACUACACCGUUGCUAGCAUUGUAAAAACUCUAAAGUUGUAUUAAUAGCUUAGAAUUGAUUAAUUUAUUUCUUCCUAUUCUUCCAUCUUAUCUAUGAAAUUGUUUUCUUUUCUAGAAGUCGCAUCCAAUGAACAGAAAACGUCCAAUAUUUUCAAAUGAAAACUAAAAGAUUUGAGAGAAUUAAACAUAUUCAUUCCAUAGAUAUGGUUUUGAUAAAUAUUCAAUACCAGAUCAAUUAAUCAAUAAUCAAUAAUUUCUUGUCUUGUCUAUUUUUCUAAAUUCAAUUUCUCGUCUCGAUACCGAAACAUCCGAAAUUUCUCAAUCUUCGAAUUUUUAUCGAUAGACACAUUUUAGACCCUACUACAUAUAAACAAAAAGUGAAAUAUUUAAUACCAAAAAAAAAAUAAGUAAAUGGCUCUACUGAAUCACAGAAAAAAUCCAUUAUCGUGGCUGGAGGGUACGCUGAGGUAAGGAAAUGAUUUAAAAGAAGAUGUGUACGAGAUAAGCAGCUCAUCUAUUAGUGCUAUCAGUUAUAUUUGUUCCCUGCAAAAAUAAAAAGCUGAGCUGGAGAGCAGCUACGCGAUACAGAUUCAAUCGGCGUAGCAUUGUUUAAUAAUAUUCCCCACACACAAAUUAAAACAAACAAUGCAUCAAUCAUUAAAAGAGUUUAAAAACUAUCAUAAACAGUUCUACCUGUGUUUUAACAAAUUUCUUUGGCUAUUCGAAGAUGACUCGUUGAACGUAAGUGGCACCCAAUGAAUAAUAACUUCUGUACAUGAAGGUGAACAUCAUAAUAAAUCGGAUUUACUAUUGCGGAUUCUACAAUAAGAGUUGUUUCAAUCAGUUGAUAUAGCAUCUUGGAUAUUCUUCAAUCAUACGUAUCACUCUCGGCUAUAUAGAGAAAUAGUUGUUUAUGAUGAACUUUCAUUAUGAAAUAAGCGUUGCAACUGUUUAUGACUUUCUUACCCAUUUUUUGAAAUUAUGGUAGAUCAUGGCACACAUAUGUUUUCUCGUUACAUUUCCAUGGAAAAUCAUAUUUACUGAUGUUAUAGCAAUGAAAUAGCAAAGACUCAACUGUAGUUGAAGCUUACUACUUAAUGAUGGUGGUAUUUAAAAAUUCAGUGUUGCCAUAUGUAAUUAUUCUGUUUUCUUGUUAUUUUAAAAUAUAGAAAACUAGUACUAGGUAAUAUUUUACUAGCAUAUUUUCAGUUGUGGAGAACUUAGUUACUCAUCAUAUGCAAAUGUAAAAGCGAAAAGGGUGUUUCUUUGUUUCUUAUCUUUAUAUUUUCUCACAGUUUUUCUUCCACAAUAGUUUUGUAAGAAUAUUCCUAACAAGAAUUCAUGUUCUCGAAUUAUCUAUAUUUGUGUCGUCUAGAAUGUCCAAGAAUUUUUACUAGAUCUGGUUUUCUUUCAUCUCGUGGAAUAAUAUGGAUCAUUUCCAAUUUUCUUCUGCUAAAGUAUAGGAAUUUUUUCUUAUAGUGAACUAACGAACUAACAAGUGCUCACAGCUAAUCGCAUACAGUAUAUACAUUUUGAUCUUUGAGAACGGGACAUCUCUUCAAACAUUAUUCAUAAAAAUUCUCGAAUCUUACAAUUUUGGUCAUAAAACCCAGUAAAAUAAUUCUAAAUAGUAAUUUUGUAUUUGUCAGCUAAAAAAUUUGAUUCAAAAUAUUUGGUACACACAUAUGGAACUCAAUACUAUAUAUUUUGUAUUCAAAAUAGCGUUUAAAACUACUAUCUAUCACAAGCCCAUAUUUUGUCGAAUUUGAAGAAACAUUUGUACUCAGUACAUGUCAGUUGUUCAAAAUUAUAUCCUGCCUUCCUAUCCUUUUGGUAAGGGCAAAAUCGGCAAUUUACUCUGCGUUGAAGUUAAUCGGCUCGAGGUGCAAUGGAAGAUGUUUCUUGACGUGGGUUUGGAGCAUUACUGUCAUUAUUUAGUUGCCUCUUCACCUACUUCUGAAAUAAUCGCCCUCAGGUCUUGAGGCUAAUUAGAUAUUAGCAGUAUUUGCUGAAUAAAGUUACGAAUCAAUCCGGAUGCUACUUCUCUACGAAAGUCACACCUUUUUAGAACAUUGUUGUCUUUGAAUAGUCCAUUUGAAGUUGCCAUAGCAAUCAAGCUAUAAAAAAUUGAUAAUGUCCAUCUCCUUGUUUUGCGGUUUGCACUAUAGUUAUUAUCUUAUCAAUAUCAUUGAAUUAUUUAGACGUGUCUUGGAAUAGAUUACAACGAAUACUUGAUAAUAUUUCAGUUACAGAGUUAAUAACUUUUUUCUAAGAAACCAGUUCUUGAUGUGCUUUGAUGCUGGUAACAUCUUUUCUUGUUACUUCUGCAGUUUUAUGCAAAUACUGAAUUUUUAACGCUAUUUACGAUGUGUUCAAUCAUUUCAGUCAAUUAACAUUGUUUAUUGUUUACAAAGAAAAAUCAGCUAACUUUUUUUAUAUUUUUUAUAGUACUGUUAAAAACGCUUAUUCGUACUUGUAAUAUAAUAUAUGUAACCAUAGAAAUUAAGUAUAAUAUCCGACUUUUUCUAAUUAUAUAACAUUUCAUCAAUCAUUUAUUUGUUCUAAUAAAAUAGUAAAGAAAUUUUGGCUUCAAAUUCCAUCAAGUUUUAGAUAUUAUACUCAAUUCCGAUCAUAAUGUGUUCCUAAAAAAUUUAUUUUCAUUAAAAUUAAUUAUUAUGCUAAUAAAGCAAUGUAUAAAAA